AUAUACAACUUUAUUUAUACAAUUUUAAAGUAGUCGUUUUUCUACUAAGCGAAUGACUAUAGUUUUUUUAAAUAAUGAUUUUAUGUUAAAAGAAUCACGCUGUAUGUAUAAAAUGUUAGAGCGACAAUCACUGCAUUUACCAGUAGUAUCGGCAGUCAAUAUUUAACUCUCGUCCAAAGCACUUGGAUACCAGCACGUAGGUAAAUUUAAUCUACGCUUGCAGAACAAUUUCGUAGGACAUCAAACUGAAGAAUACAAUUGAUCGGUAUAAUUAUGUCUAGUGACACCGGCCCGACUAGUUUGUAUACUAAGUUCUAUAUAAUAUUUCAGAUUGUUGGAUUAACACUAAUAUAUUGUGUGUACUAUUGGAUUGUUCAAUAUCGAGGAGGAUUUAGUUUCACUGAACCUAAAAUAAUAUUCAAUUGGCAUCCAUUACUGAUGACAAUUGCAUUCAUUUAUUUACUGGCAAAUUCUAUUCUUCAUUAUCGUUCAUUUCAGAAUAAUACCAAACGAAAAUUAAAAAACCAACAUGCACUUAUUCAUGGUUGUAUACUAAUCCUUAUCUUAAUUGCUGCAUUUGCUGCAUUUGUUUCACACCAAUAUGCUAAACCUCAAAUUCCUCAUUUGUAUUCUUUGCACAGUUGGUUAGGAGUUAUGACUGUCGUAUUGUUUUUAUCCCAGCUAAUUAGUGGAUUCUGGUGUUUCUUGUAUCCGGGAGUAGCUGCACGACACAGAGAAACUUUGGCACCUUAUCACGUGUUCUUCGGCAUUUCCAACUUCGUAUUGGCAGUUGCGACUGCCAUACUAGGAUUCAGUGAAAAAAUAAUUUUUGUUUUGGAUAAACAAUAUAAACUGUUCCCGGCAGAAGGUGUGCUUGGAAACGUUUUAGGUAUUCUUUUUGCGUUCUACUGUAUAUUAGUGGUUUAUAUGAUUACCAAACCUGAAUUCAAGAGACGCCCUAAACUAGAAUACGAGACUCUGCUUAAAUGAAGUUUUAGAAAAUGUAAGUUUUAAAGUUCUGUAUUUUGCCACUCAAGUGAAAUAUUUUACUAGAUGUCGACCAAAUUAAAAUAGAACAAAUCAAUAUUUUCCAUUUAUUCGAUUUAUACUAUUUUGAUACUUUUGUAGAUGUAUUUGCAAAUUGAAAUUAAUUAAUAUUUAAAUAUUCGUUCAGUAUUUGUCAUUAGAAAUGUUUUAUCUAAAUGCAAAAUUAGCUGAAGAAAUCUGUAAUUAGUAAUUAGGUAUUUAACCACCUACUACCUACUAAUUAAUAAAUAUAUUAUAUCAGUUAGUGGCGCACACAGAUAUUUUCAAUGUGAAGAGUUACCUAUACAUUAAAAAAGUAUAUAUAUCAAAAUAUUUUUUAAUUGUAUUCAUUUUUAAUUUCUAUACGUAUAGUAAAAUAAAUACCAUGGGAGGGUGCUAAUACUUAUAAUCUGUAAUAAAACUAAAAAUAAUUGAUGUUGUAUAGUUUAUUGUUAACGAAGUUCUACAGUAUAUUAUAUUAUUUAUAAUUGUUACUUUUGACCAUGACUCAGCUAUAAAUUAUUAUAAGUAAUAAUAU